AUGUCCGGCCGGAUCGAGAAAGCAGACUCCCAGCGUUCUCAUCUCUCCUCCUUCACCAUGAAGCUGAUGGACAAAUUCCACUCGCCCAAGAUCAAGAGAACGCCGUCCAAGAAGGGAAAGCCGGCUGACGUGUCUGUGAAGACUCGGGAGAAGCCUGUGAGCAAAGAGGCAACAGACAGAUUUCUGCCAGAGGGCUACCCUCUCCCCUUGGAUCUGGAGCAGCAGGCAGUAGGAUUUAUGUCCACCAGUGCUGUGGCUUCCAGGUCUCAAAGGCAGAAGAACCUGAGCUGGCCGGAAGAGAAGGAGAAGGAGGUUGUCAGUGCCUUGCGCUACUUUAAGACCAUUGUGGACAAAAUGGCCAUUGACAAGAAGGUGCUGGAGAUGCUCCCCGGGUCGGCCAGCAAGGUGCUGGAGGCCAUCCUCCCGCUGGUGCAGAACGACCCUCACAGCCAGCAAAGCUCGGCCCUCUCGUCCUGCUAUAGUCGAGUGUACCAAAGUCUCGCCAACCUCAUUCGCUGGUCAGACCAAGUGAUGCUAGAAGGUGUGAACUCCGAAGAUAAAGAGAUGGUGACAACGGUGAAGGGGGUCAUCAAGGCUGUGCUGGACGGAGUGAAGGAGCUGGUCAGACUGACCAUCGAGAAGCAGGGGCAUCCGUCUCCAACAAGCCCAGUGAAACCCAGCUCCCCAGCCUGCAAGCCCGAGGGCCAGUCUGAGCUCCCCCUGACAGACAGGGAGAUGGAGAUUCUGAACAAGACGACCGGCCUGUCACAGUCCACCGAGCUGCUCCCAGAUGCUACUGAUGAAGAGGUCGCGCCCCCCAAACCCCCUUUACCUGGCAUUCGGGUGGUUGAUAACAGUCCUCCGCCAGCAUUGCCACCGAAGAAAAGGCAGUCGGCGCCAUCCCCAACCCGCGUGGCCGUCGUGGCCCCCAUGAGUCGAGCCACCAGUGGCUCCAGCUUGCCUGUUGGGAUCAAUAGGCAGGAUUUUGACGGGGACUGUUAUGCCCAGAGGCGCCUGUCAGGAGGCAGCCACUCCUAUGGGGGAGAGUCGCCCCGCCUGUCCCCCUGCAGCAGCAUCGGCAAGCUCAGCAGGUCUGACGAGCAGCUGUCCUCCCUGGACAGGGACAGCGGGCAGUGCUCCCGGAACACAAGCUGUGAAACACUAGAUCACUAUGAUCCUGACUACGAGUUCCUUCAGCAAGACCUCUCCAAUGCAGACCAGAUACCUCAGCAAGUGGCCUGUAACCUUAGCCCGUUGCCGGAGUCCUUGGGAGAGUCUGGGUCCCCGUUUCUCGUCCAUCCUUUCCAGUUGCCUCUCAGCAGCUGCUCCCAGCCUGAUGGGCCACAGACGGACAUGCCGCCGGCCCUCCCCGAGAAGAAGCGCAGGAGCGCGGCCUCCCAGACCUCGGACAGCUCUGGCUCCCGCGUGUCCUACGAGCGGCACCCCUCCCAAUACGACAACAUCUCCGAGGACGACCUGCAGAACCCCGCCCUGGUGCAGCCCGCCUCCUUCACGCCCUUUGCUGCUAUUCUCCCCUUCCAGCAAGGAGGGUCCUCGGCCUCCGUGGAAUUUGUGAGUGACUUCACUGCGCCUGAGUCCGCGGGUGACCCAGAGAAGCCGCCGCCCCUGCCGGAGAAGAAGAACAAACACAUGCUGGCCUACAUGCAGCUGCUGGAGGACUACUCGGAGCCGCAGCCGUCCGUGUUCUACCAGACGCCGCAGAACGAGCACGUCUACCAGCAGAAGAACAAGCUGCUCAUGGAGGUGUACGGCUUCAACGACUCCUUCAGCAGCGCCGACCCGCAGGACCUGGCGCCGCCCCCCGCCCUCCCGCCCAAGCAGCGGCAGCUGGAAUCGCCAGCUGUGAGGGAUGGGCACCCCAGAGAUCCCUCCUUGGUCGGCAGUGCGCCUGGGAAGGAAAACGGAGACGGAGAAAGGUAG